UCGAAAAAAAAAAAAAGGCACCAAAAUGUGGAGAGAAGGGAACGUUGGCCUCGAGAGAGAGAGAGAGAGAGUGGGGGCAAAUCAUUUUGUACGAAAAAGGUGGGAAAAGGCAUUUUUAUGGAGAAUCUUCCAUGGAACUACGCAGAUCAUUGAUCGGUGUUGCGCAACGGAAUCCAUUCGCGCUUGCAAUCCAACAAUGGAUAUUCAAUUUUAUAUACAUCCUCUUUCAAUUCCCCCUUUUCUUUCUAGACCGGAAGACAUUCUUGUAAGCUAAGCAAUCGACCAAUCGCCCAAUCGCCAUCGAGUUCCGUCUCCUUACUUUUUUUUCCCGGCGGUGCUGGUGGGUCGGGGGUAUUUUCGAGGGAGGUCCGACCAAGCCUCUGCCUGAUCGUCUUCACCGUCAUCUCAAUCCUCCCUUCGAUUCUUUUAACUCUUCUAAUACUGACUCGAGGUUGUCGAUCAACAUGCACAAAUCAAUUGAAGAACUAGGUAAAAGUGAAAAUAGCAGGCAUGAAGCAUGUGAGAACAAUGAAUAUGCAAGGCUAGUCAUAGCUAAUGAAGCAGGUCCUUUGGAAUCAGAGAUUCUACAGCCUCAAGAUAAACUGAAAAGCAAAUCACUCUUGAAGCGGUGGAUCAAAAUUUCACUAUGGUGCAUUGUUAGUAUUGUAUUUCUUCUUGUUUUCUUCAAGUGGGGAGUGCCAUUUCUUUUUGAGAAGGUCAUCAUCCCAAUCAUGAAGUGGGAAGCUACUGCCUUUCGUCGACCUAUGCUUGCACUAAUGCUCAUUGCUUCUCUGGCAUCCUUUCCCGUAUUUUUUAUUCCCUCUGGCCCUUCAAUGUGGUUGGCUGGGAUGAUUUUUGGCUAUGGCCUUGGGUUUGUUAUAAUACUGGUUGGAACAACUAUUGGGAUGGUCCUGCCAUAUUUAAUUGGAUUAAUUUUCCGUGACCGCAUUCAUCUAUGGUUAAUGAGAUGGCCUCAAAAAGCAGAAGUACUCAGGCUUGCUGGGGAAGGGAGCUGGUUUCGUCAGUUUCAAGUUGUUGCACUCUUCAGGGUUUCACCAUUUCCCUACACUAUUUUCAAUUAUGCAAUCGUGGUAACAAGUAUGAGAUUUUGGCCCUAUUUGUGCGGGUCCGUUGCAGGAAUGAUACCAGAGGCUUUCAUUUACAUUUACAGUGGUAGGCUAAUGAGGACACUAGCAGAUGUUCAAUAUGGAAAACAUCGGCUGACGACUGUAGAGAUUGUGUAUAACGUCAUCUCCUUCAUCAUCGCGAUCGUCACUAUUAUUAUUUUCACUGUUUAUGCAAAAAAGAUGCUGAACAACCUUCAAAUGGAAGAAGAUAAUAGAAAGUAUUCUGCCUCCCACCAUGGUAGUUUCGAGGUAGAGAGUCUUUCGCACGAAAGAUCUCCAAUCAAUGUGAUGAAGGAAGAUAGAGCUGUAGAAGAAGUCGUAGCUGAGAUUACCGACACAAUAAAGAGUUGCUGGAAUACUUGAUGAAAAAGGAUGACCUUAGAAAUGAUCUGUUUAGGUUGCAUCAAUGAAUGAGAGAAUGUCAACUAGAGAGGCUAUUGUGACUAUACGCUUGUCUUCUUAAGUAUAUUAUCUAGCUAUGGCCGCAAUGCACUUAAUUUUGUAGUUUGUAUAUAGUUUUCGAGCUAGUGAUUUCUCGGUCA